AUGGCAACAUCAAAAUUUCUUUCAUUUCUCAUUGUUCAACUUUUUUUGGUCUUGGAGGUUGCUAAUUCACCAGGCGUGGAAGUUGGAUUCUAUAGGAAAACAUGUCCAAAUGUGGAGGCAAUUGUGAAAGAAACAACAAAGCACUACAUUUCUAUUGCUCCUACUCUGGCUGCUCCAUUAUUGAGAAUGCAUCUUCAUGAUUGUUUUGUUAGGGGAUGUGAUGGUUCAGUACUACUUAAUUCAACAAAUGGAAAUCAAGUUGAGAAAGAUGCAAUUCCGAAUCAAAGUCUAAGAGGAUUCCAAGUGAUUGAUGCUGCUAAAUCUGCUUUAGAGAAAGAGUGUCCUGGCACGAUCUCUUGCUCUGAUAUUUUAGCCUUAGCUGCUUGUGACGCUGUUUCACUGACUUGUAUUUCACCUUGUAUAUCCAUUUGCAGCCUAUUGGCUUCUUGCCUUGAGGGAGAGGAACUACAUCCCAUGUAUGGUUAUUUUGCAGUGCAGAAGUUUCUGCUUCCAUAG